UCCUCUGCUUCACAAUGCCCUCCAGCGCUAGCGGUGCAGCUGACAGUGAUGUCAAUGGCGACCAGCCUAACAUGUUCGAGGUCCUCUGCGAGAAUGUGCACACCUCAAUGCUCACACACAACGGCACACUAGAGCAGUUCUUUGAUUUCAAAGACGAGCUAUUAAAGCAUGCACUGCCUCCUAAACUACUUGCAAACUUGACCUUACUCUCUUCAAAACUCUUCAGAAGUUACUCUGAGUUCAGUUUACCAGUGAAUGAGUUGACUAGGAUGGUGAGACAACACUCCACUCCUUGGGAGGAGAGGGCCGACAGUUUGAAGGGCAUUCGCUCGGACUAUGACAGUAUGAGGACCAAGCUGAGCAUUGCACUCAAGAGGAUUGAAUUGAUGUCAGCCGGGGAGGAGAGGAUAAAGAAGGAAAGGAGGUUGGGUAACUGGGAGAGACUGUUUGUUAAGACCAUGGAGUCUGAGAGCCACGGCAGACGAUGGAAGUUCAGGAUAGAACCUCUCAAGAGGAAGAUGCAACAAGAUGGGUUUAAUCCGUAUCUCUCUGACUCUUCCGGUGAUGAUUCUGACAAAGAUGAUAACCAGAAGAAAUACUUGAGCACUGUAGAGAAGAGCGAGACUGAACUGAGUGAAUCGGAUGAUGACACUGACAGAGAGAGCUCCAGCAUGCAUGAAGUGGAGCAGGUACAAGCCACACCCACCCCACCUCCUCCUCCGAUAGAGACUGCCGAGUCAGCAGCAUGUACCAAGGACCCAGACUAUGACCAGUACUUGCUUGUUCAGCUGUACAGGCCAAAUGGAUUAUUAAAAGGGAAGGAUGUGUGCUGUACUCUAGCCUAUGGACAGGAGUACUACACUACCGAUGUCUACCCUGGAAGGACAGAUCCUGGCAGCGUGCUUACGCAUCAGAGCUUCCACUUCAAGUUGAGUGAUGACGCUGCUCGCACUCUGCCCCCUGAGAGGCAAGAGCCCUUGGACGCCAUUGAUGUCUCUAAGGUCACACUGACUGUCUACCCUGGGACCAUUGCUCAGGACAUGGCCGCCUAUCUCUCCAUUGUAUUGAAGGAGCUGCAUAUAACUGAGGAGUCCACAGUGAUUGUACCACCACAGGACACAGCUGAGGAGAGGACGGAGCUCAACUGGGAGGAGAUUGACUCAAAGGUGAAGGGAUUUCCACAAGAGUAUCUCUUGAAGAUGCAAACUCAGCAAACAACUGAUGAAGAAGAAGAUGAACCGUCACUUCCACUGAUACCAAUGAUCUGUCACAGGGUCAAAGUGCAGAGACAUAAAACAAUGCACAGUGGAACUGAGACCCUUCCCUGGGAUGUACUAGUGGAGCAUCUUGGCUACCGUCUUGUGCCUGACACUCAGUCUAGAGCUGUCUCCAUGAUCUGUUUCGAGGAGCCUCCAUCAGAGGAGCCAGAGAUGGAAGAGAAGGCAGAGGAGGUAGUAUCCCAACAAGAAUUGGCCGCUCUCUCACUGCAACAUGCACAAGAGAUCUGUAAAUUGCAAGAAGAAUUCGGGAAAAAGUUGAACUCUUUGACAGGCACACUAAGUCGAGUUAGAGCUGAUAAAGCAAAGGAAAUUGAACAGCUUGAGCAAGCUUUAGUUGAGGCGGAGCAGAGGAGGGGUGGAAAAGGAAGGAGUGCCUCUGAUAUACGCAGUCUCAUUGCACGAAAGAAGAAGCUGAAUUCCAAGAUCACUCACGGACUUCCUAACUGGGGGGAAGGCCUACCCCAAGAUUUCUUUGAGAGAAUGGAGAUGUUUGCUGAAGAGAGUUUGAGGAAACAAGAAGAGCUAACGGAUAGAAUCAAACGAGAGGUGAGUGUGGCGUGUGAGAAGCAGCUGGCUACUCAACACAAACUGGCCCCAGGGAUCACAAGAACAGACAUUGACACAAUCACAGAAGAUGUGUCUUUACCUGCUCUCUUCAUGCCGACACGUUGCACUAAGAACCUGGUGUUUACUCCACGUGCUCAUCGCUACUUCCAUCCCCCUGGCUCCUCCGAGGCUAGAGUCACUCAACCACCAGCAGUGUUCGCUCUACCCCCUCUCAGCUCAAAUCAACUCAACACCCUCAACCUGUUUGAGCUGAGUCAGCAAUACAGUCAGAGCAGCCCCCAGUGGCUACAUGACCACACCCACCAAUCCCCUCGUUACACUCCAGCCCCGCCUUCUAGUGCCUGCGACCACUAUCACAUGGACCCACACACAGAGCACUAUCACAUGGACCCGCACACAGCCAGCAGCAGCUCUCAUGAUAGCAGAGGCACUUAUUAUAAUAGUGAACUGUAGCAUACUAUUACACCUUAUUUUAUACAUUGCACAGCACUCCUCAUAAUUAUUUACUUGCUAAUUGCAUUUUUGUGGUUAUUUUUCACCGGAUAUAAACAUUGAGAAGCAA